AUGGCAGCCACGGUUUCCUUCCCGGUGGUGAACAUGGAGAAGCUGGAGACCGAGGAGACGGCCACGGCCAUGGAGAUCAUCCGCGACGCCUGCGAGAACUGGGGCUUCUUCGAGCUGCUGAACCAUGGCAUCUCGCACGAGCUGAUGGACGAGGUGGAGCGGCUGACUAAGGCGCACUACGCCAGCUUCAGGGAGGCCAAGUUCCAGGAGUUCGCGGCGCGCACGCUGGAGGCCGGCGACAAGGGCGCCGACGUCAAGGACGUGGACUGGGAGAGCACCUUCUUCGUCCGCCACCUCCCGGCCUCCAACCUCGCCGACCUCCCCGACGUCGACGACCACUACAGGCAAGUGACGAAGCAAUUCGCAUCGGAGAUCCAGAAGCUGUCGGAGAAGCUGCUGGACCUGCUGUGCGAGAACCUGGGCCUGGAGCCCGGGUACCUGAAGUCGGCCUUCGCGGGCUCCAACGGCCCGACGUUCGGCACCAAGGUGAGCGCGUACCCGCCGUGCCCGCGCCCGGACCUCGUCGACGGCCUCCGCGCGCACACCGACGCGGGGGGCAUCAUCCUGCUGUUCCAGGACGACCAGGUGAGCGGCCUGCAGCUGCUGAAGGAUGGGGAGUGGGUGGACGUGCCGCCCAUCCGCCACGCCAUUGUCGUCAACAUCGGCGACCAGCUGGAGGUGAUCACCAACGGGCGGUACAAGAGCGUGAUGCACCGCGUGCUCACCCGCCCCGACGGCAACCGCAUGUCCAUCGCGUCCUUCUACAACCCGGGCGCCGACGCCGUCAUCUUCCCGGCACCCGCGUUCGUCGGUGGCGCCGCCGACGAGGAGGAGCGCGCUGAGGCCACGUACCCGAGGUUCGUGUUCGAGGACUACAUGAACCUCUACGUGCGCCACAAGUUCGAGGCCAAGGAGCCACGGUUCGAGGCCAUGAAGUCAGCCAUCGCCACCAUGUGA